GAAUUUCCGUUAAAUCGGGGACAAAUGCCUGACCUGGAUGAUGAAGACAGUAUCGUUUCCAAUCUCACAUGCAUUGGGGUUGUCGGUAUCGAAGACCCUGUACGCCCCGAGGUCCCUGCUGCGAUUCGCAAAUGUCAACGUGCUGGAAUCACUGUACGCAUGGUGACAGGUGAUAACAUCAACACGGCACGUUCCAUUGCAUCCAAAUGCGGUAUUCUGCGGCCUGGUGAUAACUAUAUCGUACUCGAAGGGAAGGAGUUUAAUCGUCGGGUUCGUGAUCCUCAAACCAACCGAGUUCGUCAGGAUCUCAUUGACCAAGUUUGGCCGCAGCUUCGCGUACUGGCUAGAUCUUCUCCUCAAGAUAAAUAUACCUUAGUCAGUGGUAUCAUCGACAGCCACAUAUCCUCCAGGCGGGAAGUGGUUGCUGUCACUGGAGAUGGUACAAAUGAUGGACCGGCUUUGAAGAAGGCCGAUGUUGGUUUCGCAAUGGGCAUUGCCGGUACAGAUGUGGCUAAAGAAGCCUCUGAUAUCAUUCUCACUGACGACAAUUUCACUAGCAUUGUCAAAGCAGUCAUGUGGGGUCGGAACGUCUACGAUUCAAUUUCGAAAUUUUUGCAAUUCCAGCUGACAGUCAACAUGGUGGCAAUCAUUGUGGCGUUUGUCGGUGCAUGUUUUAUCACAGUACGUCAUGACAGUCCACUGAAAGCUGUGCAAAUGCUUUGGGUUAAUUUGAUCAUGGACACCCUGGCAUCACUGGCCCUAGCCACGGAACUACCCACGGAAGAACUUCUCGAACGCGCUCCGUAUGGUCGAACAAAACCAAUCAUCAGCCGUAGUAUGAUCAAAAAUAUUGUCGGUCAAUCGUUGUAUCAAUUGGCUGUGAUCUUCUACCUGGUGUGGUAUGGUAACGGUCGAGGUCUGAGCGAGAAGGGCAUCAACCGACCGACGGAGCACUUUACAGCUAUUUUCAAUGCUUUCGUCAUGAUGACUCUGUUCAACGAGAUCAAUGCGCGCAAAAUACACGGCCAGAGAAAUAUUUUCUCCGGCUUGUUGAACAAUAUCCUGUUUGUGAUCAUCUGGUUGACUACAUUCAUUUUCCAGGUGAUUAUUAUUCAAUUCGGUGGCUAUGCAUUCAGCACUUCCCCUCUGGCUAUUGAACACUGGCUCUGGUGUUUGUUCUUCGGAAUCGGAUCACUUGUCUGGGGACAGGUAUGUUCCUUGCUCAAUGUAGUCACUGUUUUGUUACUAAACUAUUUUUUUAUUCACUUUGUAUUUAUUCCAACAUAUAAAAACCAAGAGUCCAAGUCAACUACAUGCAUCUUUUCGGAAGUCUAUCUACACUGUCACUUAGGAUAUACAAUAGACAGUAAAAAUACUGCAGAACUUUGA